AUGUUGUUCAUCACUGCUCUUCUGUUAGCGUUGAUCUCUCAGAGUGUCUGGAGCAGGAAGUCAGAGCCGUCGCUCCACGAGUCCGACGUAGGGUUAUUCAAAGGAUCCGACAAAUAUGACUUUGCUGUGGAGGUUCUAGCUGCAGGAGAGGAGUGUUUCUGGCACUUUGCACACCAGAGUGGAAGCUUCUACCUGUCCUACCUGGUGCAGUGGGUGACGGGGAUAGCCAUCGAUCACCGGCUGUUUGUGACGGUAAACUCACCGCAGGGCGACCUCAUGGUUUCUGAAAACGCCCCCGUCGGUCAAAUGAACUUCCAGACCGAGGUGACAGGUUUUUACCGGAUGUGUCUCAGGAACCACAACCAGUUCGGAGCCAUCAGGGUGUUCCUGAACUUUGGCGUCAUCUACGAAGGCUUCGAGAAGAUGAAGAUGGAGACGGAGGAAGGGGAAAUAGUCCUCAACAACACUUUGGCCGGUAUUGAGGAGAGUGUGCAGAAGCUCCAGAAUCAGAUCUUCCACAUGUGGCGUCAUUACAACUUCGCCCGCAUGAGGAAAGGGAAAGACCACUACCUCCUGCAGUCCAUCUUCAACUACGUCACCUGGUGGUCGGCGACACAAAGCCUCGUCAUCAUCGUUUCUGGAUAUCUGCAGCUCUUCGCCAUCAAAAGACUCUUCAAAACGAACUCCGGCGGACCGAGAUGCUGAGAGCAGAACGUCCACACUUCUCCUAAAUCACUGCUUCAACCCCUUUGCAUGAUUUCUACUUGUUAGAUCAGACUUUAAAGGUCCCCUAUUAUACUGUU